CACAACAUGAAGCGCGCAAGCGGCCGAGAAGGGAGGAGAGGAAGCGGAAAAGGUGGAUAAGUGUGUGUGGUGAGUGAUGCGUGAUGGGAUCUGUAUGUGAUGGGCCUGCUGGUGUCCAAGCUAUGGCAGACUCUCUUCCACAGCCGCGAAGACGUCAAGAUUGUCAUCGUCGGACUCAACAACGCCGGAAAGACCACCAUCCUCUACAAACUGUAGGCUGCGCCAUUGGCUCACACACAACUAAGGCAGCCAAUGACAGCGAAAGAGAGAAUAGAGAAAGAUCUCAGCGGCUCGUGGAGUGCGAUGGUGAUGGUUGCUCAUGCGUCCGUCUGUCUGUUUGAGUGCAGUCAUCUGGGCCAGGUAGUGAUGACGCAGCCGACCAUCGGCAGCAACGUGGAGGAAGUCGUACACAACAAGAUUCGAUUCCAGGUAGAAUGAAUGUCACACACCCCCCCCUGAGACCACAGGGAUGGAUGGACGAUAGGGCCUCUGCGUGUGCGUGUGUGUGUGUGUGUGUGUGAGACAGGUGUGGGACCUCGGCGGUCAGGAGAACCUCCGCGCCACCUGGACCACAUACUUCACAAGCGCUGCUGUAAGAGCUGACACAUCACACACGUCAUACGCUCAUCUCUCUCUGUGUGUGUGUAGGCGAUAGUGUUUGUGGUGGACAGCAACGACCAGGAGAACAUGGUGGUCGCCAAAAUGGAACUCUUCAACGUGCUUCUCAACGACGUAAGGACGCACACACCCACACCCACACUCACCGACAGACAGACAUCCGUCCACCCACCCAUCCGGCGACACGUCCAUUCCAUUGUCUGUCUGCCUGACAUGAAUGCCUCUCUGUCUGUGUGUGGGGGUUGGUUGUCAGACGUUGAAGAAGUCGUGUCUGUUGGUGUUUGCGAACAAGCAGGACAUCCAGGGUGCGAGGACGGCCGGCCAGAUCUGUGAAGACCUCAACCUGCACUCAGUACGAGACCACGACUGGCACAUACAGGUGAGUGACUAAGCGCAUUUAUGACGCAGACCUGACACACACGGAAACACACAGAGAGGCAAUGGAAUGGGUGGUGUGCUCUCUUUGGGUAUGUGGCUGGCUGGCUGGCUGGCUGCAGGCGUGUUGUGCGCUGAGCGGUGAGGGUCUGAAGGAGGGCAUGGACUGGAUCGCCGCCCGGGUGCUCGCCAUGCAGAGCAAACACUACAGAUAGAUAGCACACGAACAGACAGCCACGUAGAGUAGACACAAACCUAGGCAGCUAGACUGUCUUGCGGCCGAUUGAUUGAGGUGCCUCUUCAGCUGUUUUGUGUGUUCUGCUCCGGGGAGGGGUCGUGUGGGGUGAUUGCGUGAGUUGAGAGCGGCUGCAUUCAUUGUGUUGUCUUGCUUGGUGCUCUUGGACCACAGGUGAUGUGGAUCAUCUCACCAGACAGGCAGACAGACACUGACUGACUGACUGACUCGUGGCUUUAUUUACUGUGAAUGCAUUGCAUGGCC